CACACUCGUCUCAUAGGUGUUCUGUGCUUGGGAGUAAAUGUUUAACCUACAUGGCUGUGGAGAAAGGAGUCACCCUUUCAGUUUUUUAUUGACCGUCUGUGAACUUUGUCCAUCCACUAUGUCUUAGUCUGAGCAGGACAAAGGACUUCAUGACGUCCUCAACAGGCUGCCAGGCUGCAAUGGAAUUUCCACAUUUUACCUUUAAUCCAAGGGAAGGGAUUGAUAACCCAGCUUUGGUCUUGACUGAUGAUCCUGAUCCAAGCACGGUGCCCAGAUUGUGCCAGCUGAAGCGUGCUGAGGGCCAAAGCUUUGGCUUCCACCUGCGGAUGGACCCGAACAGCCAGGGUUUUGAGAUUACAGAUCUGGAUCCAUGGAGUCCUGCAGAGUACAGCGGUCUCAGGGAAGGAGAUCGAGUUCUGGAGGUGAAUGAGGAAUAUGUGGUCAACAUGGACUUCUACAGGGUUGUGAGGAAGAUCCAGUUCUGUGGCUUACACCUAUUUCUCCUGGUGCUGAAGAGGGAAGAGUUUGAAUUGGCAUUGUCUACGGGUGUGGACCUGGAGUUGGUAGCCAGAGCCACCAAAGGGGAUUACUGGUCCAGACCCAGGCUGUGUCACAUCAGAAAACACCCAGAGCAUGACCUGGGGAUGACUAUCAUCCCAGUGGAUGGUCAAAAGAACCAUUAUAUGGUGAAAACAGCAACUGACGGUCCAGCAGAGAAAGCAGGUAUUUGCAAUGGCGACAGACUGAUCUGGAUUAAUGGCAUGACGGCGUCCACUCUCAGACACUCAGCUCUCACCAGAACUGUGAACAAGAGUGGGGAUUCAGUGACCGUGCUUGUUAUUGAUAGUGACAGUGAGUCAUGCUAUAUCAGGAGAAAAAUACCCAUCAUACCUUUGGUGGCACAAAGCUGCAACCUCCCCCACACUCCUAAGACCAUGAAUCUGGUGAAGGGAAGCGAUGGAUAUGGUUUCCUGCUAAGACAAGAGAAGCUGGCAUGCAUACGACAGAAAGUUCAUGUGCUGAGGGAGGUGGAUGUGGGGAGUCCAGCUGAGGGUGCAGGAAUGGAGGAUGGAGACCUGCUGUUAGCUGUCAAUUGGGAACCUGUGGAGUCCAUGGAACAUGAAGAUAUUGUUAGAAAGAUUAGAGAAAGUGGUGAUAAAGUCUCACUUAUAGCUAUAUCUACUCCAGGAAGAGACUUUUACAGAGAGUUAGGCAUUUCUCCUCUGUUGUUCUAUGAAGAAUGUUCUCACCACUGCAUUAAGAACUGGGAGGAAGCUCUUCUAAGAAAAACCACAAAGUAUAAUCAGGACAGAAAGGAGGCUGACUCUGGUUUCCACUCAGACUGUGUCCCAGAACAGCCAGGAACUGAAACCAUGCAGAUUUCAGAAAGAAGACAUUAUAUUUUCCUGUGAUGGAAACAAAACCCAAAUGACCCAAACCAGCAGACAUACAUGGAGGAGUCACGGUAACAUCUUCUGGAUUCAGGCAUGCUGAGCAACCUCUCUUUGAGUUUGAUGGUGUAACAUGAUUUUUGAAGCCUGUGAUCACCAGUUGGGCACUUCUAAUUUUUUAUUUAGCUUGUUUUUGUUUGCUCGUUUGUCAAGAAUUAACAGUAAUUGUUAUUAAGUAAAAUCCUUGUAAUAGGUGUGUGU